UCCCGUGUAGCGCACUUAACGGCCCGUGUUUUCGUUGUCAAAAACAUGGAUGUGAGUCAGAUAAUCGAUCCUGUGCAUCAUGAGAUGUAGCAUCAGCCACUGAAAAACACCGAAGGACAACUUUUAACUUGAUUAUAUCGCCGGAAGUUAAACUCUGGCGGUUUGUCGUCCUCGGUCACAGACAGUUGGCGGUUAAGCCCUUCUCAGCCCACCGAGGGAGCUCCUUUUGUCUCCCUUGUUUUUAUCGUGUCAACAUGGACAUGUAUGGCUACAGCGGGGUCUUCCUGGUGAAAAGAUUCCUGGACAAUGAGGUGUUUGAGGUCACCAACAUGUCCGACAUCAACAAGGCGAAUCCUCACGGCUGCGAUAACGGAGCUCUGACGGACCGGUUCGGCGUCUUGAUCCAGGGACUGCUGGCCAUCGUCGCCUUCAGUACGCUGAUGUUGAAGAGGUUUCGGGAGCCUGUGGGGAUCAGACGACCCUGGAGGAUCUGGUUUUUCGACACAUCCAAACAGGCCAUCGGUGCUCUUUUCAUCCACUUUGCCAACGUCUUCCUGUCAACGCUCACCAAAGAAGAUCCAUGCUCCCUGUAUCUGAUGAACUUCCUGCUGGACGCCACGUUGGGGAUGCUGGUCAUCUGGUUGGCGGUGAAGCUGGUGUCCAAACUGGUGGAGUACAAGCAGUGGACGCUGCUCAUGUUUGGAGAAUAUGGUGACCCUCCCCAGGCAGCAGCAUGGUUGGGUCAGUGUGGCAUCUACCUGCUCAUCAUGGUUCUGGAGAAAGGCGUGAUCAGCCUGGUGCUGCUCGUCCCCGGAUGGUCCAAAUUGCAGGAAGUGUUGCUGAGCUACAUCUCUAACCCUCAGCUGGAGCUGGUGCUGGUCAUGCUCAUCGUGCCCUUCAUAGUGAACUCCAUCAUGUUCUGGGUGGUGGACAGCCUGAUGAUGAGGAAGUACAAGACGAUGAAGAGCCUGGACGACUCCUACGACAGCUCGGUGAAGAAGGCCGACUCGCUGCCCCGGGCGAACAGCGAGGAGUCGCGGGUCCUGCUGACCGUGGAGACCGACACAGACGAGGCUUCAGAAGGGGAAGAAGAUGUCGGUGCUGUUGGACCGAUCCCGAAUGUGCACUACUCUGGAGGACCGCUGAGACCCAGCUGGGUGAUGGUGUAAACCCAGGUGACCUCCUCCACGUCUGUCUGCUAUCCACACACACAAAUCUCACUUAAGAGCCUCAAUAUGAGCAAAAAAACACAAAAACCGUGCAUCCUUAUCUCUGUUAAAGGUCUAACUAUCAGCCUUCUUGUAAGCAAAGGCACAAUUUAAAGGUCAUGUAACCUGCGAAUGUGAACACUACAACCUGAGCUGCCUUCCUCUGCACUGAAGGUAUGAACUGGAGCUUGACAUGCAUGUUGAUCUAAUAGCAUUUAAGGGGUCUUGAAGCUCUUUAUCCUCUCACCUUGCUGCCUCCGUUCGCUGCGAGAGAACAUCAGAGAAAACCACAACUGAGCGCCUGUGGAGGGAGAUUAUUAAGCAGCGCGGCGCCUGCAGGGCAAGACGUGCGGGUGGUAAUGACGAAGACUGACAUAAAUCUGUCUUUUCUCCACACUGGGGAGUUUUGGGAAUGAUGUUGCUCUAAAGAGAGUUAUUUAUCACAUAUCAUAUUCCAAAGACGAGUAAAAUAUAUAUAUACAUAUAUAUAUGUAAGUGCUCUGAGACUUAAAUAUAAUCACUUCAAAACCACCUUUUUAAAGUUGUAAUUAUAGUCAUUCCUGCACGUUCUCCCUCCGGCUACUUAUUUUAAGUAUGAAAGGUGGUUAAUGGUCUUAUUUUUUACAACCGUGCACUUGUUGAUUAUCCUUUUUUAACUGCUGCAGUCAUGGCGGACCAAAGAAUGUUGAACACAGCAGUAACAUGGAACGUUUUUAGGUCUUUUUUUUUUUUUUUUUAAGAGACUGAUUUUAAAUAAAUACAGUGUAUGUAAGCAGGAAGUUGUUGCAUGUCAUAGUUGGGAAGGACCAGGUUACACUACGUUUCUGCAGUUAUUUGCAUAUUUGUCGUGUAGGACAGAGUGUUGAGGCCACUGCUGGGGGGGAAAUAACCCUGAGAUUUUCAGAAUAAAGCUGAAAAGUUCUAGUCAAGGUCAAGUGUUUCUAAAAAAAUCUACACUGUGAAACCUGGCAAAUUGACUUUACUUGAAUAAAAUUGAGGAAACUAAUUACCCUCAAAAUUACAAAGUAAAGUCGACUAAUGAUUUUAAGUUGUUAAAACUAGAACCCGAUGUUUGUGUUCGACUCUCCUAAAGGAAUAGUUUGGGAAAGUUUGUAUGCUAAAUAUGAAGCUACAUCUCGUAUUUGAUUUGAUUAGCUUAGCUUAGCAUAACGACUGGAAACUGAGGGAAACAAGCUAGCCUGGCUGUGUCUGAAGUUCACUAAUUAGCACUUUUUAAAUGUAAAUGCACCUUUUUGUACCAUGGUUGCGUCAUACUGUCUCAUACUUGUUGUAUCAGUUAGUCACCCUUUAAAAAAACAGAACUGGUUGAAUGCUUAAAAUUUGACAAAAUAUUAUGUCCUGUAUAUUUUUGCUGCAACUGGACUAUGUUCAGAGGCAGGCUAGCUGUUUCCCCCUGUUUCCAGUCCUUGUGCUAAGCUAAGCUAACAUCUCCUGGCUCUAGUUUUAAAGUUGGAAUCUGAUUGUUAUUGAUCUCUGGCAAGGAUUUUAAAUAAGCGUGUUUCUGAAAUUGUCAAGCUAUUUUCAUCUUAAAUGACAUUCUGUGAUUAGAGAUUUUUGGUAGUGAUAUCUAACAAAUAUGAUGACCCUAACCAUCAUGACAGUCUGACUCAAAAUAUUUAUUUCUCAAAAUAUUCAGACCUUAUUCUCAAAAUCUCAGAUUUUCCUAGUAAUACUCUCAGUGGGAUCAGAUGGUAGCUUUGUAUUAAACUUAAUCGGCACAUUUCUUUUAUUUAUUCUGUAUCUAUUUUGUAUGUAUUUGACUUUAUAUAUAAAUAUAUAUUGUGGUCCAAUCUGUGGUAUGAACAUUGGAAUAGGACGUUUUUAUGAUGGAAGAAUAUUGAGUCAUCAUCAGUGAUUCAGGAUGAAUUUAGUACGUGAUCGACUUUUUCUUUAUAUGUUCUGCUUUUUAUCAUCAGAACGUUUCCAUCCUGUUACGGUUUGAAAGCCAAAAUUUUGAGACAUUCCGUCUGCAAUGUUUUAUUUUGUAUUCCAGUGAAUCUUGUAUGUAUGUAUUUUUUUUUAUUUUAUAAACCAGAUAAUGAACAUGUGUAUAAAAUGGCACAGCACGGGCCGAAGUGUUAUUAUACGGCCGUAAACUGCCACGGUGCUUCUUACCGAAUGUAUCUCUUUAAUCUGUGCUAUGAAUAAAGAUGAUUGACACAUGAA